AUGUGGAACCAGAAUGCCGAUGGAUAUGCCCGGUGUGAUGGAAUCGCAGUUGUGAUUGUAAAAUCACUGGCUGCUGCACUAGCCGACGGUGAUCACAUUGAAUGCAUAAUUCGCCAAACAGGAAUCAAUCAAGACGGGCGUACGAAAGGCAUUACGAUGUCCAACCCCUUGGCACAAGCAGAACUCAUUCGCUUCACCUGUGGAAUGGCUGGUCUUGAUUUAUCGAGGCCUAGCGACCGGCUGCGGUACUUCGAGGCCCACGGAACUGGAACUCCGGCAAGGGAUCCAGUCGAGGCCGAGGCUAUCAGUACUUCAUUGUUUGGAGCUAAAGCUGGAUACGCACGAGACCUUGAUGGAGGGCCAUACCCUAGCUCAGGAAGCCUUCUGGGUCAUCGUGUCCAGGAUCCGGUCUCGCAUACUGCAACCUGA